CUCCCGGCGGGUGUCCUGUCCGGGCGGCGGUGAGGAAGGGGCUGCUCUCGGGUUCAGUGUAAAUCGGGGGCGGGACCGAGCUCCGCCGGGCCCUCCGGGGGCCAGCAGCCCGGUUUUAGAGCACCAGAAUUUUGCAACACCUUACAACACCAUGGCAGAAGGUACAGACAGGGGACAAGAUCUGGUGACCGCAACGGCAAGGAGCCACACGGGUUGGAAAUUAUCUCGGCUGCGGAAGCUUUUCAAGCGACUCCUGCCUGUGGGCUCAUCGAGGGAAGCGGGCAAGCCCCCGGAAGCCACGACGCGACAGCAAAGCGGGACCGAGGGGAGAGUCUGCGCGGAAGGCAACCUGGCCGCGGGGGACGAGGAAAGAAGUCAGGCCGGCGGGGGCAGCCUGGGCGAGGCAGCGACUCCUGCCUUCCGAGGCUCCUCCGUCGAGGAAAGGCCAAGCUCUCACCACGGACUGGACCCGACGUUGCAGUUCCUGAUGCAGUGGGACGACUACCAACUGUUCCAGCUGACAAACCUCCACCGGGAGAGACUGGAGCGGGCAAUUGAAGGAGUGAUGGGGGCACUCGCCCUGAUGCUGAGACAGCAGGGACAUCUCAGCGGGCAGGAGUUCGAGAAAAUCGCAGAGCUUGCGGAGAAGGGAAGCCGGCCGGACAGUUCCACACUCUUCCUCAAUCUGGUGACGGAGAAAGGGUCCCGGGCCCGGAGGGUGAUGUGGGAGUCUUUUGUGAGAGUGCGCAAUGGGUCACCAAAGUUGGACCAAGUACUGCAAGAAAUCCAGGAGCUCGGUCCUGAUCCACAAGAAUACAUGAAGGUUCUUGUCCCUCAAGGUUUAUCCGAGUUACCCACUCAGCUAAGAGACGUUCAACAGAAACACAAGGAGACUCUGCGGGCACAAACCGAAACACUGAGAGUGAACACGAUCCUGAUGAGGGAGAAGGUGAAGGUUUUCCAGCUGGUUGAUCGAUACGCUGAGCUCACGGUCAUUUCUACUGUGCGAGAUCGGAGAAUUGUGGAACACGAGCUGCUGGCAAGAGGCCGGGACCAUGAGGAGUGGAGAGAGAAACAUCUCCGGGGAGAGCUGGAAAAAAUCCGAACUGAUCAGUUGUUUCAGAGAAAUUACUACUAUAGUUUUUGGCAGCAAAUGAAGAGAUUCUUCACCCGACCGACCUCUGGGAGUUCAGCAGCAGUGGCUGGAGUCCCGGGGAUCGGGAAAACAACCAUGGUGCAAAAGAUUGUUUAUGACUGGGCCAUGGGGAAAAUAUACCAACACUUCCAGUUUGUCUUCAGCUUCAAAUUCCGAGAUUUAAACUCCAUUAACUGCAGAAUAAACCUGAGAGAACUGAUUCUGGAUCAAUAUCCUUACUUUGGGAAUAUUCUGGGAGAGGUCUGGAAGAAUCCUGAGGGAUUGCUGUUUAUAUUCGAUGGUUUGGAUGAAUUCAAGCACACAAUCGAUUUUGCUGACAGUCGGAGAGACACAGAACCUCAGCACAUGUGCCCAGAUCCCGAGUGGUGGUGUGAAGUGUCUGACAUUGUGUACAGUUUAAUCCAGCACAAGCUGCUCCCAGGGUGUUCAGUGCUGGUGACCACCCGUCCCACUGCGUUACAUUUGUUGGAAAAGGCGGAGAUCAGUGUUUGGGCUGAAAUCCUGGGAUUUGUCGGUGAGGAACGGAAGGAAUAUUUCCACAGGUUUUUUGAAGAUCAGACGGUGGCAGCAGCUGUUUUCAAACACGUGGAGGAGAACGAGAUCCUGUACACCAUGAGCUACAACCCCUCUUACUGCUGGAUCCUGGGUCUGGCACUGGGCCCCUUCUUCACACAAACACACAGGGACCUGCAGCGAGUUCCCAAAACCAUCACCCAACUAUAUUCACACUAUAUUUACAACAUCCUGAAAAACCACAGCCGUGAGAUUGAAAGCCCCCUUGAUGUGUUACUGAGAGUUGGUGAGAUGGCCUUCACAGGAGUGUCUGAGAAGAAGAUUGUGUUUACAGAUGGAGAUUUGAUCAAGUACAAUCUGCAGCCUUCCCAGUUCCUGUCCGGGUUCCUGAUGGAACUUUUGGAGAGAGAGGAUUGUGCCCGGAGCGUAGUGUACACAUUCCCACACCUCACCAUCCAAGAGUUUGCAGCCGCACUCGCAAAAUUACUGACUGCGGAUGAAAGGAAUAUCCGGAAACUCCUCACUGAAGCCCACAGCACGACAGACGGGCGGUUUGAGAUAUUUCUCCUUUUUGUUGCUGGUCUCUCCUUCCCAGGGUCAGCUCGGGGGCUGGAGGAGUUUCUGGGUCCAUUUCCCCAUCAAACCAUCUGCCGAGUGAUUGACUGGGUGAAGGAGGAGGUGAAACGUCAGAGUGGAAACACAGGGAGUGAAGCUGGUAAAAGGAGCCUCCUGAACACACUGCACUACCUGUUUGAGUCUCAGAACCGUGGACUGGCUCAGGCCGCACUGGGAUCUGUGGAAACACUUUCCUUCCGUGGAUUGCGACUGACCCCGAUUGACUGCGCCGUCCUGUCUCAUGUCAUUGGGCUCUGUGAUACAAUAAACCACCUCGAUCUCUGGGGCUGCUACAUUCAGUGUGAAGGGCUCCAGCGGCUGGGACCCGGGCUACACAAAUGCCGAGAGUUGGAACUGCAGUACAACGACCUGGGAGAUUCGGGAGUGAAACCGGUGUCUGCGGCUCUGAGGGACCCGGAGUGUAAAAUACAGAGACUGCGGCUGUGGGAUGUCGGUCUCACAGAUUCUGGUGCCGAGGAUCUCGUCUCCGCUCUCAGUACAAACCGCUCACUGACGGGGCUGGACCUGGGAUCAAACUCCCUCACAGACCGAUGUGUCCCCGCUCUCCGCCGCCUCAUCCUGACCCUCCCGAGUCUGGAGUGGAUCUGGCUGCGGGAGAAUCAGUUCAGUUCAGAUGGACGGAAUGAGCUGGAGUCGCUGCAGGGAACCAGACGCGGACUGAGGGUGAACCUGUGAACGUCCCAAUGUACAGACAUCCCCGCCCGCGGGACGGGAAUAUGUAUCCAUGUAUCUCCACGUAUCAAUGGAGAGAUAUACCAGAGAAAGCAUCCUAUCUGGAUACGUCCCGGCUCUGCCCUUGACCGCAAGAAACUGCAGGGAGUGGUGGACACAGCUCAGCACAUCACGGAAACCAGCCUCCCCUCCAUGGACCCUGUCUACACUUCUCACUGCCUCGGUAAAGCUGCCAACAUAAUCACAAGACCUCUGCCACCACAGAAAUUCUCACUGCUCCCUCCUCCCGUCCAGCAGAAGAUACAAAAGCCUGAAAGCACCUACCACCAGGCUCAAGGACAGCUUCUGCCCAGCUGUUAUAGGUCUAUUGAACGGUCCCCCAGUACGAUAAAUGGACACCUGACCUCACAAUCUAUCUCGUUCUGGCCUUGCACCUUAUUGUCUGCCUGCACUGCACUUUCUCUGGAACUGUAACACUUUAUUCUUCAUUCUGUUCCUGUUUUCCCUUGUCCUGCCUCGGUGACUUGACGUGUUGAAAUAACCUUUCUUUUUCAUUCUUUUUAAUAAUUUUUAAAAUAAUGCAGAUUAAUACAUAUAACCGGUAAUUAUACACAUACUACAAAGAGAUCGGGAGGGCAGUCAUGACAUAUAUAGUCACAAAGAAUAAAAAAAAUAUUCCAGGCCCCACGGUUUCUAUGUAAACAAAAAUAUUACAAAAUAAAAAGCUGGACUGAUAGUUCUCGAUGAACUAAGAGCGUUAGUAUAUUGUCAACUCCGCUGGUCCGAGUUCAAAGAUGAUUGAAAGGGGAUCGAUAUCCUCUGAAAAUGUUGAAUGAAUGGACUCCAAACUGCUUCAAAUUUAAGCAAAGUAUCCACAGUCCCGCUCCCUAACUUUUUCUAAGUUUAAACAUGAUACAGUUUGAGAAAACCAUUGAAAAGUGCGGGGGGGUAUUGGAUGCUUCAAGUUAAACAAAAUGGAUCGCGUGGCCAUUAACGUGACAAAGGCAAUCAUACGACCAUUUUUGGUAGCCCAAAAAUUGCACUGAUAGGGUGAGGUUGUAAAUCAAUACUCAAUACAGUUGAAAUAAUGUUAAAAAUGUCCUUCCAAUAUUUUUCCAAAAGUUGGCAGGACCACAACUUAUGUGUCAGGGGAGCCACCUACGAAUUACAUGCGUCACAUAUAGGAUUCAUAUGGUGAUAAAAAUGGGCUAACUUGUCCUUCGACGUAUGGGUCCUGUGAACCACCUUAAACUGUAUCAAAGAGUGUGUGGCACACAUUGAAGAUGUGUUAACUAAUUGAAGAUGGAUGGGAAAGGCUCAGAGGGAUGUGGGGCAAAUGCAGACGAAUAUGAUGAGAGCUCAGGUCGGCACCUUUGCCGGCAUGGACAAGUUGGGUCGAAGGGCCUGUUUCCUUUCUGUAUAACGCUCUGACUGUAAACAGAGGUAAUUUCCGAUCAGAUUAGUUUAUUGCCACGUACGCCAGGGUGCAAUGAGAUUCCUUGCUCGCCUUUUCUGGCAUUUCCUCUUCUUCUGUUAUGGACAUGAAAGUCUCCCCGAUUUGCCUUCCACACACGCUGCCCGACCAGCUGACAAUAUCGUUUUUGCCUUUAUUUUCGCAGAAAGCAAAUGCCCUGAGGUUUGAGAAUCCGAUAUUCAGUCCUGCAGCCUGUAACCUGCCUGGCCAGAAACUGAGUUGAUUUUCCCCCGGCUCACUGUUGUAACAGCGCAGGAGGUUAAUUGUCCGGCCCCAUCCCACCCCGCCCGUGAAGCAGUGCCUGUGUCCCUGGAGAGGGAGCACACUGUGUCCACUGUCCCGCCCUCAGUGUGAGGUGGUGUGAGGAUUCUCCGAUCUUCGGGCUGUUCCCGGCGACACACACACAGACGGACAUCAACUGCUGCUGGAAUGUCAUCGACUCGGUGAAAGACACCCUUUGGUCUGCCCGAAACGUGUUGGUCUCCCAGCGCAGCGAGAUGUCUGUAGGGGAAUGCUGCCGGCUGGCACAUGCCAGGCUGCAGGAGUACGUGCUGAGGGGAUACACUGAAGCUGGGCGCAGCCAACGCAAAGGCUCGGUGGGGAAGGACUAGGGUUUAGGGCUCUUCUGCCACUGGAGAGGGAGGGGCGGGAACAGGGAGAAAGCCCCGAAAUAUGGUAAAUACGGGACCUGGUAGCCUCCAGGGAGCCACACUUGUGGCAUCGGUGCUGUUUUCUAUGUAAAAAGGUAACACUAAUGAAUGAUCUGUACAAGAAUGUAAAGGUUUGCACUGUUUUGUAAUUGUAUAUAGUU